GGCCGGCACUUUGUCAUAGGCUCAUCACACGGCCUCCACAGCUUUUCCCAUGUUAUCUUUCCUUCUUCCAUGAUCCUAAAAUAUCCACCAACCUCAUGUCCAUUCAUCUGCUUCUGUGCCCCUCUAGCUCAACAGGAUAGAGCAUCAGAUAUACCUAGUUUUGGCAUGAUGAAUGGCUGCUUUAGGAGAGGUCAUUCCUUGCUGCAGAAAAUAGAUUCCAAUUCUUCUGAGGUUGUGAGUUCGAGCCUCGCGUGGGGCGUAACAAUCUACCAUCAUUUUUCACAUCCUUGCAGUGGACCCAAUGCAUAAUAACCAACCUGCCCACCAGACAUUGACAUCUCUCGGGCUUGAAGGGCAACAAUAAUAUAACGUCCCGAGAUGUUGACUGUCCCAAAUCAUGCUAUUGAUGACCUCAUUCCUGCGGGUCCGCUGCACAUCACUUUACU